CUGCCUGGACAACUCCACAACAAUAUGCUCUGUUUGCUUUUUAUAACGUAAAUAAAUCUGAAGCUCUGCCAAAGAGGAAGGGGGGGAAGUGAGGGAUCGCAUGAGGAAUGCCUUUUGGCAGAAAUAUCCACGUGAAGGAGUGGUUGUGUGAAGAGAAGGGCUCCGAGCAGCACUGCAACCACUGGCCAGAAUCUCCCCGGCAGCCCCACGUCCAGAGGUGCAUUGCACAGAGUGAGCUUUGGAUCCCUGUCAAACCCUCCCAUUAAGGUAGAAAGAUGAGGAGACUUCAGAGAAAUCUGAGUGUGUUCCAGCAAACUAAAAUUCUCUUGUGGAAAAACGUGCUUAUCAAAUGGAGGAUGAAAAUGCAGAGUUUUCAGGAGUGGAUGCUGUCCCUGCUUUUCCUGCCACUGAUGUUCAUAGUGAGCAGCUUCAUGAUGUACAUCCCCUACCCCGAGGUGCCACACAGCCACCUGGGGCAGCUGGAUGAUCCUGCCUACAAUGCCACUGGAGUUACCAUUGCUUUCACACCCGUCACUGCAGCCACCAGGCACAUAAUGAACACGGUGGCCUCAAAGUCUGUGAUGACAGGGAUAAAACUGGAGGCACUGGACACCGAGAGAGCCUUGGAGGAAGCCUGGAUUUCGAAUAAAGAGAUUAUAGGAGUUGUAUUUAAAAACAACUUCUCCUAUCACCUCCGGUUUUCUGCUGAGAACGUGAUUUUUCCAAAUGAAAACCUUGAAUACAUAGAUACCUGUUACAAUUACUCGGAUCACUACUGUGAGAGCCCCAAGUACUGGUACCAAGGUUUCCUGUCCCUGCAGUCCAGCAUUGAUGCUGCUAUUAUAGAGGUGGUGGCAAAUCAUUCUGUUUGGGAAGAAAUGAGAACAAUUGCUGGGGUGCGUGCGAAGUCCCGGAGUGUCAUCUCCUCAAUUACAUUAGAGUACAUUUAUUUCAUGAUUACUGUUGUGAUGUGCUUCUCUUCAUUCAUGUAUUUCUUAUCUGUGAAUGUUGUAAGAGAAAAGAAGAAGCUCAAAGUACUGAUGAAGUUGAUGGGGCUACACGAUAUGGCAUUUUGGCUCUCCUGGAGCCUGCUGUAUGCCAUCUAUGUGCUGAUCCUGUCCUGCCUGCUGACUGCCCUGGUGGUGCAGGAAAGUUUCUACACCAGCAGCUUCUCUGCCAUCCUACUGCUGUUUUUCCUGUAUGGCCUCGCAUGCGUCCACCUGGUCUUCAUGCUCUGCUCCCUCCUGAGAACAUCCAAACUUGUGGGCUCCCUGGGGUUCCUCAUCACCUUUCUCUUCGGCUGCCUGAGCCUCUCAGUGCUGAUAGAAAACCUUCCAGGACCUUUGAAGUGGUUUCUCAGCCUCUUUUGUCCUUUUGCGUUCAAUGUUGGCAUUGCGAAGAUUUUCAGUUUGGAAAGAUAUGGAAUAGGUUUCACUUUUUCUAACAUCAUGGAGGAAUCAUACUUUUUACUUUCAACCUACAUCAUACUGACCUUUGACUCGGUCUUGUACAUGCUGUUAGCUGUCUACUUCGACAAAGUUCUGCAGGGUAAAUACGGCAUCCCAGCCCCACCAUUUUUCUGCCUGAAGCCCUCGUAUUGGAUGCGGAGCAGGAGGGGCUUUCCUGGGGAAGGACACAGAGGUGCUGGGAGCCUUGAGGACCCCCCAGGGGACGACGUGGAGCCGGUGCCCCUCGAGUUCAGGGGGAAGGAGGCCAUCAGACUCCACAAUAUUAAAAAAACAUACAAAAAGAAAGACAAGAAGACAGAAGCCUUGAGAGGUUUGUCUUUAGAUAUUUAUGAGGGUCAAAUCACUGCCUUGCUCGGUCACAGUGGGGCUGGAAAGACAACACUGUUAAAUGUGCUCAGCGGGCUGACUUUGCCUUCUGAAGGCUCUGCAACCAUCUAUGACUACAAGCUAUCGGAGAUAGGAGAUAGGGAAGAGAUCAGAGAGAUGGUCGGUGUUUGCCCACAGUUCGAUACGCAGUUCGAAGUCCUAACAGUGAAAGAAAAUUUGCAAACCUUUGCAGAGAUCAAGGGCAUCAAAUCCAAAGAGGUAGAGCAAGAGGUGCAAAACAUUUUGGAACUGCUGGAUAUCAGUAGUGUGCAAGACACUCAAGCUGAGAAAUUGAGUGGUGGGCAAAAAAGGAAGUUAUCCAUUGGGAUAGCCAUGCUUGGGAACCCACAGGUGCUGCUCCUGGAUGAGCCGACAGCAGGGCUGGAUCCUCUUUCCCGGCACCAGGUGUGGAGCCUUCUCAAGGAACACAGAGCUGGCCGGGUGAUCCUCUUCAGUACCCAGUUCAUGGAUGAGGCUGACAUCCUUGCGGACCGCAAGGCUUUUAUCUCACGUGGGAGGCUGAAGUGUGUUGGCUCCUCUUUGUUCUUGAAGAAUAAAUGGGGGAUUGGCUACCACUUAAGAAUCCAUGUCAGUGAUUCUUGUGAUGUAGAGAACGUGACAUCUCUGGUUAAGCAGUACAUCCCCAGAGUCAUGCUCUCGGGACAUGGUCAAUACGAGCUGAGAUAUAAACUGCCAUUAGAAAACGUGAAUAAAUUCCCAGAUCUGUUCAGGGGCCUCGACAGCUGCUCUGACCUGGGAAUCAUCAAUUAUGGAGUUAGUAUGACAACCCUGGAGGAUGUCUUCCUGAGACUGGAAGAAGAUGCAGUGGACCAAGAAGAUAAGUGUGUCCCUGGGGAGCGGGCAGAAGGAGGAGCACGGAGCCCAGAGGAGAUGGAGUCAGGCUCCCUGCUGCUCUCAGACACUGGGAGGGUGACAGUCAGCUGCUGGGCACUCUGGAGGCAGCAGGUCUCUGCCGUGGCAUGGGUGCGCUUGCUAAAGCUCAAGAGCUCAGUGAAGAACCUCCUCUCCAUUCUGCUGCUCUACGUGGUUUUCCUGCUCCCCCUGAUUCUACAGCUGUCACUGACAAGUGUCUGGGAGAGCAUGAGUGCCUGGGAGCUGUGCACAUCACGGUACUUCCUGCCCCUGCGGACCAGGGCUCAUGCUGACACCACCAACCUGCUGGUGCUCAACAGCACAGGCUCAGGCAUUGAGGACUUUAUCCACGCCCUUGAGAGCCAAGAUCUCGCAGUGGAAAUUACAAACAAGGAAAAUAUCACAGAGGAGCUGAAAUACAAUGGGGCCAUUAAAGUAUCUCGUGAAGGCCAGAGCUACAGGUUUACCAUCUUUUGCCACAUGGAGGCCAUCAACUGCUUCCCAGUGCUUGUGAACAUCAUCAGCAAUGCUCUGCUGAGAGCUUUCAAUUCCACCGCACACAUCCGGGUCUGGAGCCAUCCUUUUUUCUCUACAGAUAAUCCACAAUACUGGGAUUCCUUUGUCUCUUUCUACCUUAUCUACAUGCUGCUGCUAUUCCCAGGUUUCCCUCCUCACUUUGCAAUGGGCUAUCUGCAGGACUACAAGACAGGAGCUCGUGCCCAGCUGCGGAUCUCAGGGCUCUUCCCCUCGGCGUACUGGUGUGGGCAGGCACUGGUGGAUGUUCCAUUCUGCUGGCUCCUUCUCUUCUCCAUGUUUGGGUUACAGUUUGCAAUUAGCAACAGAGUGUCUGGAACCUUCAGCAGCUUCUUCUUGCUGAUCAUGAAUAUUUUUGGCUAUGGAGUUUCUAUCAUUUUCUUAAUCUAUUUUAUCUCCUUCUUCUUUCGGAAAGGAUGGAACUGUGAUUUUUGGUCUUUUAUCCUAAUAGUGGUAUGCCUUGUUACUUUUAUUAUCAGCAGAUUCAUGGAUUUUGCACUAGAUCUCGAAAUCUCCCUCUAUCUCCUGUCUCUGCUGAUCCCCCUGUACCCACCCUUGGGCCUCAUGCUCAACAUUGAGCAGAUUUUUAUUCAAGACUCUGACUUCACUGAAGGCUUCCCAAAAAACAACGUAGUCAUAGCUGUCUUUGCACCUUACAUCCAUUUUGUGGUUUUCGUUUUCCUCCUUCGUUAUUUGGAGAUAAAAUAUGGAAGGCCAGUUCUGAGAAAGGACCCAAUAUUUAGAAUUUCCCCAAGAAAAGAGAACAGCCAUCAGCAUCCCGAGGAGCCCGAAGAGGAAGAUGAGGAUGUUAAAGCUGAAAGAGAAGCAGUGAAAAAUGCCAUAGCAGCUCCAAGCCAGGAGGAGAAAUCAGUUAUUAUUGUCAAUAAUCUCUACAAGGAAUAUAAAAUUAAGAAAGCUGGUUCCGUUUUUAGGAAGAAGAAGAAAAUAGCCACCAAAAAUAUUUCCUUCUGUGUUAAGAAAGGAGAAGUGUUAGGACUCCUGGGGCCCAACGGAGCUGGUAAGAGCACGGUCAUCAAUAUGAUAGCUGGGGAGACAACGCUGACAGCUGGGCAGGUGCUGCUGAGGAGCCGUGAUGCCAUGCUGUGCUGGACACAGGACCAUGCGUUUGCCUACCUGGGGCACUGCCCACAGGAGGACCCACUAUGGCCAGACCUCACCGUGCACGAGCACCUGAAGAUCUAUGCUGCUGUAAAGGGUGUGCACAAGGAGGACAUCGCCACUGCCAUCAACAGAAUAGUGAAUGCUCUGGAGCUUCAAGACUAUUUAAAAAAGCCAACCAGAAAACUACCUGCUGGGAUAACCAGAAAGCUGUGCUUCGCUGUGUGCAUGCUGGGCAACCCUUCAGUCCUGUUGUUGGAUGAGCCAUCGACUGGCAUGGACCCCAAAGGACAGCGCUGCAUUUGGAAAAUGAUUCGUGCUGCCCUGAAGACCCAGGAGACAGGUGCCGUGCUGACCACACACUACAUGGAGGAGGCAGAGGCAGUGUGUGACCGCGUGGCCAUGCUGGUGGCUGGGCAGCUACGGUGUAUUGGCUCCAUUCAGUACCUAAAGAACAAGUUCGGCAAAGGCUAUGUGCUGGAAAUUAAAGUCAAAGACCCAGAGACCACUGAUCUUCUCCAUGCUGAGAUUUUGAGGAUUUUCCCAAGCGCUGCCCGUCAGGAGAGGUUCCCCUCUUUGCUUGUCUACAAGGUCCCAAUGGAAGAUGCACUGCCCCUGUCUCAGUCUUUCUCCAAGCUAGAGGAAGCCAAACAAAACUUCAACCUCGAGGAGUACAGCUUCUCUUUGAAUACUUUGGCUCAGGUCUUUUUGGAACUCUCCAGAGAGCAGGAAAAGGAUAAUUUUGAUCUCACUUUGGAUGGUCCUUUUGAAUGGAAACAACUUCAGCAGGAAGAUAGUUAAAGGUCUCUGAUGCUCAUUUACACAUUACUCUGUAUUAGCCUAAGUGAUGUGAUAACUGCACGUAUCUACUACCAUUAUCAGCGUACCAGGAA